AUGUUGGUUAUGUUCUUGGUUUUGACAAGUGCUGAUUAUCUUGCAACCAAUUGCAUGGCGAGUUUGAUUUCCAAGAGUGCAGUGAAAGAAGUUCUUAAGGGGUACAUUCCAUUACCUAAAUUAUCUCCUUUGUUUGUCAUCCUCGAAGUAGACAUCUCCCUCAAGUCUUGUACUGUUGCGUUAGUAGAGGAGAUGGAAACACAGACCGGUUUAGCCACAGGGAUGAAACUGGCGAAGCUCUUACCACAGAUUGACAAGACGGAGAUUAGAGCCGUACCGGACAAGAACCGGUUCAUGCAACUCAUCCGAGAUUUGCAGGGAAAAUGGCCUAUUAGUACCUGA